AUGUUGAAAGUUUCCUUUAAGAUUAUGUUGAUGUCUGAUAUGCAGUUGCCAUAUAACGUAUUCAGUGUUCUUGAAGGUAUAUUGCUCAUGUUGAUCUUAAGGUUUGAAGCAGAAUUUAAGAUUCCUACAGUAAUAAGCAAAAUUAUUUUCCAACCUAGAUUAGGAAUAAAUCCUGCAAUUACUGCAGGAAAUGUUUUCCUAGAGCAUGGCUCAGAACUGUGA